AUGAAUAAACCACUUCUUCAGUUAAUGCUCCAGAAGAGGGCACUACGGCUGUGCUUAGUCUUAGCAAGAGGAUUCGCCACCUCACUAGAUCAUGACCGGAGCCUGCUAGCGCCCUCAAGGCGUUCACCUGCUCCUGGCGAGGCUCAGUGGCAAAUAUUUCAAAACGUCUUGGGAGACAUCAAGUUCAACGUUGCAUAUUCAUGGCAUACUCUUCCAGUUCCGCCCGAAGGAGCACUAAUAUCGGCAGUGCCGAUUUCAGUGAGAAUAUACGAAUCAGAGAUGUCAAAUGAGAUGCAGUCAAGUGUCUUAACUGUGCCGGUGUACAACUCCGACGCGAGCCAGGCUGAAUCUUUGAGGGCUAUUAUUGUGCCUUGCAAAAAGCUGGUUACAGUUAAAUUUUUCAGGAGAACGGUCGUGAAAUGGUACAGAAAUGCCAAAACAAGAGAUAUACCUAUGAAAUUCAGCAAUCCUCUGCAGCAAACUGCAUUUGCUUGGCAGUGCAAGUCGUGCGCAGAACUUCCAGCUACUGGUUGA